CUGAGCCCCCGCGCCGCCGCCGCCGCCGCCGCCCCGCUCCCCCAGCCCGCGGGCGGCCCCCCGGCCCAGCCAUGUCGCUGCACGGCAAGCGGAAGGAGAUCUACAAGUACGAGGCGCCAUGGACCGUGUACGCCAUGAACUGGAGCGUCCGGCCCGACAAGCGGUUCCGCCUGGCGCUGGGCAGCUUCGUGGAGGAGUACAACAACAAGGUGCAGCUCGUUGGUUUGGACGAAGAGAGCUCGGAAUUCAUCUGCAGGAACACCUUUGAUCACCCCUACCCCACCACAAAGCUGAUGUGGAUCCCAGACACCAAGGGGGUCUAUCCUGACCUGUUGGCCACUAGUGGGGACUACCUGCGGGUGUGGAGGGUGGGUGAAACCGAGACCCGGCUGGAAUGUUUGCUGAACAACAACAAGAACUCGGAUUUCUGUGCUCCCCUGACUUCAUUUGACUGGAAUGAAGUGGAUCCUUACCUGCUGGGUACCUCAAGUAUUGACACAACCUGCACUAUUUGGGGUCUGGAGACAGGACAGGUUCUGGGAAGAGUAAAUUUGGUCUCUGGCCACGUGAAGACCCAGCUGAUUGCACACGACAAAGAGGUGUAUGACAUCGCCUUCAGCCGCGCCGGGGGCGGCAGGGACAUGUUUGCCUCGGUGGGAGCGGACGGCUCGGUGCGGAUGUUCGACCUGCGCCACCUGGAGCACAGCACCAUCAUCUACGAGGACCCCCAGCACCACCCCCUGCUGCGCCUCUGCUGGAAUAAGCAGGAUCCCAACUACCUGGCCACCAUGGCCAUGGAUGGGAUGGAGGUUGUGAUUCUAGAUGUGAGAGUUCCCUGCACUCCUGUAGCCAGGUUAAACAACCACAGAGCGUGUGUAAAUGGAAUUGCUUGGGCACCUCAUUCCUCCUGCCACAUCUGCACAGCAGCUGACGAUCACCAGGCUCUCAUCUGGGACAUCCAGCAGAUGCCUCGUGCCAUUGAGGACCCCAUCCUGGCCUACACAGCAGAGGGAGAGAUCAACAACGUACAGUGGGCAUCCACCCAGCCAGACUGGAUAGCCAUCUGCUACAACAACUGCCUGGAGAUCCUGAGGGUCUAACUCUGCUGCUGUGCCCCCCUGAGGCAGGGCUGUAUCAUUCCCCUCCCCUCUCAAGUAAGAACACCACCAGUCAAGUGGCCAGUAUCUGUUGUUGCUUUGCAUCUGCUGUUACAAGGAACUGUUACAAGGAUCAUGGCAGGUGUCUCCUGCCUCUCAAGACUCUAAAAAUGCAGAGACGUGCUGAGCCUCUUGGACCUUCUGGGUUCUGGUUUUCUUGUUGAAUUCUUUUUCCCCCCCUCCCUCAGUAAAAGUUCUGUAUAUUUGUUUGUUGACUGUAUUAAUAAGCUUGCAGGCUUUUAAGUUGCUGCAUAUGUCCAUGUGUUUGUCAGCCAGCUGGGGCAGCACAUCAACCAGUUUAAAAUAGAUUUGCAGGUGCAAAACAAGGGGGGGGGGGAAAGAAAAAAAAAAGACAUUGAUGUAACAGCCACCUUGGCAGGAAUCUUUCUCAUUCCUGUUGUCGCUGCCUCUACACUGUUUAAACGUUUGUAUGUUUUUUAUAUAUUGGGCUAACUUUCUAUUGAGUAAGGUGGUUUUUUUCUCCCUGAUUCUUACUUUUGAUAUGUGAGCCACUUGCACACGCCCACAGCAGGACCUGUUCACGGACACAAACCACAGUGACACUUCAGGCUCCCUGGCAGUAAAGGCCUGCCAGAACUAACUGUUCACCCUGUACCUGGUGAAGCUGGGCAGAAUUUCCUGGUGCUGUGAAGUACAAGUAACUUGUUGCACAAUUUUCUUUACACUUUUCCCGACGCUCAAGGCAGUUGUUACUAUGGUAAGGCCUUAUUUUUAAAUGUAGAGCUGAGUUUGUGUGUGUGUCCCCCUGCAGUUGUGGUAGCAAACAGAACGGUGGGAGGUGGCAGAAAGAAGAUCCAUGCAUGACAUAAAGCUCCCAGGAGGUAACAAUUCCUGGGGGAAAAAAAAAAUAUAUAUAUAUUUGUGAUGGACUUGGGGUUGGAACUUCCAGUCAAAUGAUUUCCCCUCGGAAAACUUAUUAUCAUCUAAACCAAAAUAAAAUGGUUCCACACUUUGUAGCUUGCUUGCUUGGCAAACAACCUGAGCAGGAUUUUGUGGUUAGCCUGGACCUUGGAGCUUGCUUUGUGCUUGGCCUGUUGUGUUCUGGGAGGUCUUGAAGGGAGUGCAGAGCGAUGUUUUAUCGAGUGUUUUCUUUUUCACUUUGAACUGUCAGGUCUGGUUGAAUGACUGAGGUGGGUCAGAAAAGCUGGUCUGCUCUCCAGCAGAAAGCUCCCUCUGAAAGGAAUUAUUCCCUAAUGGAGUGCACAAAGGUGGAUUUAGAAGGAAAGAAACUGAGCCAUUGUGAGACCAAGGUUUGGCACUUGUCACCCUCUCCUGACUUUCGGGGCUGUGCCCGAGAGCUGCUCUUUGGAAGAGUGGAUUGCUCUACAUUAAUACUUCUCAAUCAGAGCUGAGUGGAUUAGGCCAGAUAAAAAUCUUUUGUUGAAGUCUUAAUGUACCACAGAUAACUGGGAUAAAAGCUCUGCAGUGCUCUCCAAAUGAAGACAUGACAGCCAGAGCUGCUCUGGAAGGGUGUGCAGCCCAGUUUGCAUGUAAAUGUCAGAAACUAUCAGCAUUGUCUUUCCACCUAAUGAGUAUUCACCUGCAGCUGGAGGCAGUUUAUAAAUAGCAGGACACUGGCAAAGCUGGAUCCUGUCAGUUGAUGCAGAGUUGAGUUGGGAGGCUGGCACUGGGAACGCUGUCAAACACAGAACAGAACCUGCGAGGGUUUGUCAUCCUGGCCAUCCAGAAAUACUCCUUCUGCAGGCAGCAGGAAAGCAUUGCCUCAGGAAUUUGAUAGGAAUUCAUUAGGGACAGCUUUAGCCCAUCACGCCUUUUGAUCUCAGAGAACCAAGAGACUCUUCCCCGGCUCCAGCUGAUGCUUUGUCAGCCACGCUCUGUGUUCAGUCAGGGGAUUUCUGACAGAGCUGCUUUGGACUUGAAGGUCAGUCUUUUUUACCAGCAAGCAGUGCUGGGAGUGGUGUGUUCCACAGACAGGUUUCAGCAAGAUGUCAGAGCAGUGUUACCCAAACACUGAAUUACCACUGUUUGCAGCAGAACUUCCUCAGAAUCUGGAAAAAAAAUCUGAAGUGAAAAUUGGGAUGUUCUUAGCGGGAGCAUCUGAUGGCAUUCACAGCUUUAGGCCUCAUCUGAAAUACAGGCUUGUCAUGCAUUGUUUAAUUACAAGUGGUAGGGAUAACGUGCUGUGUUACCAAGAGGGAAGUACCUGCAGCAUUAGGGCUUUCUGUGCCCCCUUUCUGCACGAGUCAGAGAUGAAUGUUUCCCUUGCUUAGCUGAAAAAUGCAUCUUUUGUAAUUGUGUUGUGCUUUAAAAAAGGUAUCAGAUAAUUUAGUUGAAGUCAUUAAAAGACUCCAUAGGUUACACUGAAGGACAAAGGCAGUUUAUUCCCAGAGGAAUAAAAUGUGUUACACUAAGAGGAUGAGAAGGGACUCAGUCUGAACAGCCAGGUAGAUUGUCCUUCUGUUGGAAAACAAUCCUGUUAUGGACCUGAAGAGGAUCCACUGUCAGUCCUCCAUCCACAACAAAACUGCUUGAAGUCUUAUUUGUGGAAUUGGGUGCUUAUUCCAGACUUGUCAAAGGCAAGUGAAGGAAUCUUGUGGGCUCCAGUGGGUUCUAAAUAAAGCCUGGAUCCUGUUUGUUUGAUACCUUCUGGAUCUCCAGCAUAUUGCUUUGGGCAUCGUCAUCCAUUGUCAUUCUUCACAUGAAAUUACAUUUGAAAUCACUGGAGACUGUUUGGGCACAGGGAAAUGAUACUUAAAAUAGCUUCAAAGAAGUCACUUGAAAGGUUAAUGACUGAAAAGACGUGAAAAUCCCCGUGGGGGAGAUGUUCUGUAGUGUAAAUGGCACUUCCAGAUAGGCAAGGAAGGGAGAGACUUUGGUGCCCUCUUGCCAGCACCUGCUGACAGUGGCAGGGUAGGGAAUGCUCUGGUUCAGGUUCAUCUGCCAGAUAAAAUAAACCCUGAGACUUACCAACAAUCGAGUAGAUUGGGUGUAUAAACCCCCCAUAAUCAUCAUUUUCCCCCUCAAAGUUUAUAAAAAGAAAUAAUUCUAUAUUUCAUUUCGAUUAUUUGGUGCAGGAGCAGAGAAUGUAGAACAACUGCUUGCAAAAUGCCUCCUAUCUUUUGAGUCUCAAGUAACAUUAAGGAAAGAGCGAGCCCAGCAGAAAAGCACCUGCUGAUGUUGGUCCAGGCCUGCCUGAUCUGGGACAGAAAUUCUUCUCUGUGACUUCAGUAGUUCUGUUAAUUAAUCCAAGGCACUAAACUAUUGUUUGGUUGUUAUAUUCUUUUUGAAACCAAGCUUUCCACAGGUUCCUGCUCUGAUCUGGGCAACCUGUUGGCUCUGCUAAGGUGGGGGGGGGGAUCUUGAUGAUGUAAAACUCGUCAGUGAGGUGAAAACCCGCAGCCAACAGGGGUGGAUGUUGAACCGUGUGUAGUGUGGUGGCAGCUCUGUUAAUUAUCUGCAUGAGGUGGGCUUUGGGAGCCUCCAUCUCUGGGAAUUGUACUUGUGUGUGCAGGGAUUUGAGAGGCGAGGAUUUGAGUGCUUUGACAAUCUGUUUGGAGGGAAGACACGGUGGCUUCAGAUGCGAAAGGAGAUCGAUAAUGCAGGUUGUUCCUUGUGGAACCUUGAGAGGUGCUGAACGGGGGAGGCAUCGCCUCUCAUAAGUCAGACUUAAUGAUCCUUUCAAAACUUAGCUGUAAUUACUCUCCUGAAUGUUCUGGAUAAUAGUAAAAAAGCUCUAUUUUUGCCUGGUGGUGCAGUGGGGAAGCUGCAUCAGCCUCGAGCGUCGAUGAGUGCAGAGCCCAGGUGAGGGGAGGGGUCCCAUGCACGGAACUCACAGAUGUGCUCGGGCCUUGUUUGAGAUGGAAAUGAAGAGCUGAGCGUGUCAGUUUCGUCCUCUUGCAGAUGGCACUUUAACAAGUAUAUUUUUGGUGAGAUUUUAGGAGGAGAGUCAUCUUUUCCUCAGCCCUUUUAUGGUAGGAGUUUGUCUGUGUUGCGUAGAAAACAUUCAAUACAACAGCCACCAAAAUCCUGGGCUGUGGUCAGAGUGGACCCUCCUUUGUUUCUACUGAAAAACCAAAAACAUGAGCGCUUGACAAGACUGUAAAUGUUAAACUGAAGCUUCGUGCUCUAAGCCUGACACCACCCUGUAAGACCAACCCAAGGGAUGCAGUGCUGGUGUCACCCCCAGAGCCCCUUCUCCUUGGGAAUCUCCUCUUCCACCACCUGAACACGGUGGCAGCAGUGACAGGUUGGCUGUGGAAGGAUGUCGCUGGAUUCUUUGGAUAACUUAUUUUUGUGAGAGCAAAAAUCUGCAGCUGCUGCCUAAAAAUUCAGAAAACUGAAAUCCCUGCCAGUGAGCACAGGUUCUCUCUGCCGUGGAUUCCCUGCCUUCUGCUCUCCCAGCAAUAUUCCAGAGCAGCCCUGUCUUCUUUAUUGUCCAGAGGUGCCCAAAAAUCAGUCGUGGAAGGGGCAGGUGCUGUCAACUCUGCCCCAGUUUCCUCUUGAUCUUUGCAGAGAAUGCAGGGAAUUCGUUGUCUGGGGCACUUUAAGAGCACUUGGUGAUGCAGCUGCACAUCCCCUGCUUACCUGAGAGGGGUCAGAAAUGUCUCAUUCUCAAGGGUAUUGAGGGGAGUUUGGGAUGCCCCUGACUCUUUUUGGUUUUUUUUUUAAGGAAGAGAUGUUCAGAACUUCUGAUUAGCACCUUUCACCAGCUCUGGAAAAAAAGCAGUAAUUAAAAUUACAACUAAAUAGCAGUCACUGGAGGCUCACCUGGUGAUUCAUGGCAGACACCAGAGGCAAAAAUGAAAACACUGAGAGUUGCUGCUGCCUGUUUUAGGUGACAGUUGUGUGUCUGCCAUGGUGGCCUUUUGUGCAGCCUCUGAUACUCAGCAUCAAGCGAGAACUUCCACAGUCAUAAAACUGAUUUAAAGUAAACAAAACAAAACAAAAAAAACCCCAUGGAGUUAUUUCUUUUCAGAAAACCUGAUGAAAUUAAGAAAAAAACCAGCUAUUUCCUGACUAAAUAGUGUGGCCAUGAGCAGCUGGAAGCCCGUGGUCCAGCUCUGAUCCCUCGGAUCCUGCUGGCAAAAGGUGGGAGUGCAGCCCCCUCUUAGAGCUGAGGAUGGAUCUGAACGAGGCACAAAGGCAAGACCCAGGGAAGGACAGAGCAGCUGAGCAGAGAUGUCUUGCUUUUCCUGACAAACCUGGGAAACAGGAACUGAGAAAUCUACUAUUUACAAGGAACCUUUGUUGUUGUUUUGUUUGGUUUUGUUUUGUUUUUUUUUUUUAUUAUUAUUUUAUUCCCCACUUGGGUUGCUAGCGGUGUAAAAUGUAAUUUAAGCAUUUUUUCGUUACCAGUAGCUGAGUAGGAGAUGUUUUACUUUUUUCUGUGUGUUCUCCCUUCUGCUCUCUCUCCCCCCGUGGUAACUUCCUGAAGGUGUAAUCUUUGUAGCAUGAUUGUACAAACACCCAUCUGAGAUCCCUGACUUCUCGUCCUCGCUCGAGUAUGUUCAAGCAAUAGUAGUUUUUACUCCUGUCCUUCUUUCCUCCACCUGCAACUUCGCUCCUCUCCUGUCCUAGAGGAAUCCUAUUAUCCUGCUACUCAUUGACAUGGAUAACUGCAGUGUCAUCCCCCACCCCAUAUCCCUUUAUUUUUAUGGAGAGAACACAAAAGGGUUUGUUACAGUGGAUUUGAACACCUGAGUUUAUGGAACUGCGUUGUUAAAACUGUAAAUUUUAAGGCAAUUUUCUGACCUCGCUUGAAAAGUGGAAUGUUGCAUCCUUUUAUGCUGUUUUCCCCGCUUCCUUAAUGUAGUUUUAUUCGGAUUUUUUAACCCCUUUUCGAAGUUCCAGCCUCCUGUGUAUUAGGUACGGUAUUUUCUUGCCUUUCAUACUUUGUAAUAAAAACAGAACAUUUGUAGACCGAC